GACAUGGAUAUCGAAUCCUGCUCCCACCUUUUGCGUCCGAUGAUUGAGCCCGGUAUUGGCGGGAGCCCCACAGUAAUUCGCUCUCGGGUAGCUAGAAAUCUGUUGCUAAGCGCCUUAACGCCGUAAUCACGGUUCGCCAGUGUCCGCUGGAGAGAUCAAGGCCUUGCGCGCGUGGGAACUCGAAACUUUAACCUUGUUCUCCACCGUCGAACUCGUCUUCACUUGAUGGACGACCACCUCGACACUGCUCUGAGCGUCUUUAAACAAGUUUUUGACGAGUUUUACGCUUGGGAGCAAGACGAUACUCGGACCUACAUCCAGUACCUCGCCGCUGAUGCGGAAUCGGACGACGGUGAAGAAUGGGAUGAUAAUUUCUUCAAGGUCGACGACCAGUUAUCUUCCGUAAUGGAUGAAGGCGACGAUAAUGACGAUCGGAGUUUCCUGAUACGAUCGUUCGAUCCCGACGGAUCGAUUCGAGAUCGCUAUAAAGUUCCGUGUGUUGAAAUUCAAGCGCAGAUCCCCCUCGAGUUUCAGCAUCCGUUGAAGUACGAGAUGUGCACCCCGGACUCGAGGAAUGCUGGACAAUCCACUUCUUUCAAUUCUGAUGAGGUUCUUCACUUCAUUCCUUAUGCAGACGAUGAGGCCUUUCCGUUAGAGGAGUUUUUGAAUCCAGGAAAACUUGAGGCCGUUUCGGAAUUUUGCAUGGCAGACAGAAGAGUUUAGAGACCCUGAUGUUGAUGUUAUCGAGCUUGAAGUGGCGAGGCGACUUCAUUAUGGUGACCUGAGACUUUCUUUCUCUAGCAUAGACACCCUUGGAAUCCUCCAUAAUAAAGUCGAAGCUUCGGGUCCCGCAGGUUUUCUCUGGGAGACGUCUCAAAGGUCUGACUUGGGUCUC